CUCUCGAUCUUUCCCUCUCGUUCCCCGGGUUUUAUUAGUUUCUUCGGAAUUUUAGAAAUUAAACCCUAAUUUACUCAAUCAAACACUGAAUUCCAUGUGCUUGAUAAUUCUUUUCAACUUUUGCCUUGGAAAUCACUGUACUGAUUCAACUUAAUUUGUCUUCCCGCAUUAUACUUCAGAGAUUGAUUAGAGAAAGUUCGGGACAGGAAUCAGGAUGGAGUGUGUUGUUCAGGGAAUUAUAGAGACUAAGCAUGUGGAGGCCCUGGAGAUUCUUCUUCAAGGACUUUCUGGCGUUCAUAGAGAGAGUCUGAGAAUUCAUGAGUUAUGCUUGAAAAGUGUCCCAAACCUUGGAUUAGUAUCAUCUGAAGUUCGACUUCUAUGUGAUCUUGAGCAGCCUGAACCCGCAUGGACUGUCCGCCACAUUGGUGGUGCGAUGCGGGGUGCUGGUGCUGAGCAAAUAUCAGUGCUGGUAAGGACUAUGGCAGAAAGUAAAGUAAGCAAAAAUGCACUUCGCUUAUUUUAUGCUCUUGGAUACAAGUUAGACCAUGAACUGCUGAGGGUGGGAUCUGCCUUCCAUUUCCAGAGAGGUGCUCAGAUAACAGUGACAGUGUCUUCAAUUAAUAAAAUGCUGAAACUGCAUGCAACUGACGAUGCAGUGCCAGUAACACCAGGUAUACAGCUGGUUGAAGUGACAGCCCCUGCAUCGUCUGAGAACUACACGGAAGUUGUUGCAGCUGUGUCAUCUUUUUGUGAAUAUCUUGCACCGUUACUCCAUCUAUCAAAACCCGGUGUCUCAACAGGAGUUGUUCCCACUGCUGCUGCAGCUGCUGCAUCGCUGAUGUCAGAUGGCGGAGGAACAGCACUUUAGCAGACUUGCAAAAGUUCCAAAUACUAAAAAAUUGUGAAUUACUAGCUACUUCCUGCUAUUAGUUUUUCAUCAAAUUUUCAGCAGAUUAGUGCCACAUGUAGAGGCAAACUUCACAUUUACUCCUUUAUGAAUGCCAUCCAUUGACAGUAGUAGCCUUUGGGUUUCUACAUAAGCUCCCCUCUCUCACUCAUUCCACACUGUGUAUUAGGGGAGAACCUGUAAAUCUGUUCUUGUUUGACCUUACUGUUUAUUCAAGAGCCACAUUAUGGGGAUUAA